GAAGGCGUGGCUAGUUCGGCUCUUUGGAUCCCUCCGCCCGGGCUGGCUGUGCUGAGGCCGAGGGGCAGCCAUUUUGGAUCCCGAUCUGUGUUUCCGAAGGCCGUGGCUGCAGGUUUCACGCCUGGAUUCGGCCAGGAGGAACAGCACAGCAUGCUGGGUUCUGGAUUUAAAGCUGAGCGUUUACGAGUCAAUUUGAGAUUAGUCAUAAAUCGUCUGAAACUAUUGGAGAAAAAAAAAACGGAACUGGCCCAGAAAGCGAGGAAGGAGAUCGCUGACUACCUGGCUGCUGGGAAGGAUGAGCGAGCCCGGAUCCGCGUGGAGCACAUAAUCCGGGAAGACUACCUGGUGGAGGCCAUGGAGAUCCUGGAGCUGUACUGUGACCUGCUGCUGGCACGGUUUGGCCUCAUCCAGUCCAUGAAGGAGCUUGAUCCUGGUCUGGCAGAAUCUGUGUCCACACUGAUCUGGGCUGCUCCUCGACUCCAGUCAGAAGUGGCUGAGUUGAAAAUAGUUGCUGAUCAGCUCUGUGCCAAGUAUAGCAAGGAAUACGGCAAGUUGUGCAGGACCAACCAGAUCGGCACUGUGAACGACCGGCUGAUGCACAAACUGAGUGUGGAGGCCCCUCCCAAAAUCCUGGUGGAGAGGUACCUCAUUGAGAUCGCCAAGAAUUACAAUGUUCCCUACGAGCCUGACUCUGUGGUCAUGGCAGAAGCUCCUCCUGGGGUAGAGACAGAUCUUAUUGAUGUUGGAUUUACAGAUGAUGUGAAGAAAGGUGGCCCUGGAAGAGGAGGAGGAGGAGGGGGUGGGUUCACCACACCAGUUGGUGGACCUGAUGGAACAGUGCCAAUGCCCAUGCCCAUGCCCAUGCCCAUGCCAUCUCCAAAUCCUCCUUUCUCAUAUCCACUGCCAAAGGGACCUUCGGAUUUCAAUGGACUGCCUGUGGGGACUUAUCAGGCCUUUCCCAAUAUUCAUCCACCUCAGAUACCAGCAACUCCUCCGUCGUAUGAAUCUGUUGAUGACAUCAAUGCUGAUAAGAACGUUUCUUCCCAGAUCGCAGGUCCCAGACCUAAGCCAGAGCCCUCUGCAAAGCCCCCUGCUAGACCAGUGGAGAACUAUGACAACUUCGUGCUCCCAGAGUUGCCAUCCGUGCCAGACACACUACCCGCUGCCUCUGCUGGUGCCAACUCCUCAGCAUCGGAAGACAUCGACUUCGAUGAUCUUUCCCGGAGAUUUGAAGAGCUGAAAAAGAAAACAUAGGCCUCUGACAGCAGCAGCUUCCAAGUUCCGGGAGUUGAGACUGAGCAGUUUCUCCUUGUAACAAAGAACCUCCAUGAAAUUCCGUUUCAUCUUAACCAUCACCGAGCACACCCUUCCUUGGGGCGCUCUUCCUGUGCUACCAAAUUCUGUUGCUUUCCAGUUCUCUGUUGAUCCUUAGACUAACACUGGAGACUCUGGCCAGAGACUCCGUGGGCUCCUGGCAGCUUUGCUUGUCUGUCUUCUGUCAGAGGGACCCCACAAUCUCUCCUGGCUGAUCCCACAGGAGGGUGAGAUGAAGCACCGUGGGGAGAGUCGCCAGAGACAGCUGGGCCGCGGGGAAGAGCAGCUCAGGAAGGUCAGCUAUGUCGUGAGGCUCAAGCCCUCUACGGCAGGUGUAGGGAGAAGGCUCACUCUGGUGUGAAUAGAAGAGAGAAAAUGACUCAGGAAGCCACUGGAACGGUUCCUGGAGCUGGGCUCUGCUAGGCACAUACACUGCUCCUUGCUGCACGGCACUCUUCCACCUGGAUCCAGUUGCAGAGUUUAUUUGGGGAAAGUUGAAGCCCUCUCUUGGUUCUGCUGGAUUCUCAGGGAGCCCUCCGUGGCCUUUCGCUUCUUCUGAGUGCUGUGUGUCCCUCUCACUAGGGACAGCACUGCAGACACUCCGCGCCGCCCUCCUGCACCCCGGCAUGUUCUGGUGAUGAGCACUGAGGACAGGCCACAUGGCGGGCAGAGGCUGCCAGUCAAGUCUAGGGUGGGCUCCCAGCUGCCUUAAUAGAUGUACUCAAGUGUCUUGGGUAGUGAGCUGGAAUGCCUACAGGAGAGGAGGGGUACCUGUUUUCAUUUGAAAACUUUAUGAUUAAGGGAAUCUUCAAAAACUGAUCUUGGAUCAAUUUUUAGUGCCCACGUGGCUACAAUUCACUGCUUUCCAGGUGGUUGAGACUGACUACUCCUUUGCCCCCUGGCUAAGGCCAUCCUUUCCCACAGGGACAGCCUUGGGGUUGGAAGACAUGACUUCUGCUUCCGUGUAGUAUAUCUGUAUAUACCUGUUUAAGCAACUUUUCUUUAAUGUUUUUGAUUGGUUUGUAUCUCAGAGCUCAGUAGCUGCUAAUAAAGUUAAAGAUCCUGG